AUGGCGCGCAGUACAGCUAGGUUCUUGUUGUUGAUUACUCUUAUAGUUAUUCCCCUCUUUCUCCUCCCCUUCUGCUGUGGAUGUUUUCACACCGAACGGGAUGCCCUCCUUCAAUUCAAAGCUGCCAUAAAUUACUCUUCUCAUUCCUAUUAUUAUUUUUCUACCAAUCUGAGCUCGUGGGAGAAGGGAGGAGAUUGCUGUCUCUGGGAUGGCAUUUCCUGUCAUAACACAACCCGUCAUGUUGUCAGUCUUGAAAUAUACGGUGAUGGUGAUGGUGAUGGCGGCGUCAUAUCUGAGAGCUUGUGCACCCUCACUUCUCUUGCAACCAUACGCCUAACCUACAUGGUAUUAACAGGUACUCUUCCUCCGUGCUUGGCAAAACUCUCUUCUCUUGCUGUCCUUGAUUUGUCCUCUAACAAUUUGGAAGGUGAAACUGUCCUCACUACUCUUUGUCUGCUCAGCAACCUUACUGUGGUUAAUCUUGAUUCCAACCAACUCAAUGGGACCUUGCCAUCCUGCCUGAGUAGUCUCUCUUCACUCAUAGAACUGCAUCUAUCUGGUAAUGGGUUGAGUGGGAAUAUUCCAUUGUCUUCUUCCCUUUCUGUACUUGAUUUGUCCUCUAACAAUUUGGAAGGUGAAACUGUCCUCACUACUCUUUGUCUGCUCAGCAACCUUACUGUGGUUAAUCUUGGUUACAACCAACUCAAUGGGAGCUUGCCAUCCUGCCUGAGUAGUCUCUCUUCACUCAUAGAACUGCAUCUAUCUGGUAAUGGGUUGAGUGGGAAUAUUCCAUUGUCUUCUUCACUUGCAGUCCUUGAUUUAGAAGAUAACGGUUUAGAAGAUGAAACUGUCCUCAGUACUAUUUGUCUGCUCAGCAACCUUAGUGUUGUUGACCUUUCUGGCAACCAGCUGAAUGGAAGCUUACCAUCCUGUGUCGGUAAUCUCUCUUCACUCAAAGAACUGCAUCUAUCUGGUAAUGGGUUGAGUGGGAAUAUUCCAUUGUCUUCUUCCCUUGCUGCACUUGAUUUGUCCUCUAACAAUUUCGAAGGUGAAACUGCCCUCAGUAAUAUUUGUCUGCUCAGCAACCUUAGUGAGAUUGACCUUUCUACCAACCAGUUGAAUGGAAGCUUACCAUCCUGUUUGGGUAAUCUAUCUUCUCUAAUUAUCUUAGAUAUUCAUGGAAAUCACUUGAGUGGUAAUAUUCCAUAUUCUUUAGGGAAGAUGUCCUCACUGAAAUAUUUUGAUGUUUAUAAUAAUUCUUUAAGUGGUUCUAUCCCAGAUUCCUUUGGUAAUCUCUCUUCGCUAAAAGCCUUGUACCUAUAUGACAACCAACUAAAUGGAACUAUUCCCUCCUCAUUUUCAAGACUCUCCUCACUUACUGACCUCUAUGCUGAUGGGAAUGCAUUCAACCAGAGUAUUGCUUCGUCAGUGCUCCCCUCAUCAAUUGAAGGUCUUAGUCUCUCACUAGACGGCCAACACAUGAUUUCAGAGGCUUUUCUUCACAACCUCAGCAAGUUGGAUAAUUUGUAUUUGUCCAAUUGUGAAGUUAAUAUCAGCAGCACCUGGAUUCCCUCAUUCCAGUUAGGGAGCUUAUUUAUGACAUCAUGUAAGGUGGAUGGUCAAAUCCCGUUGUGGAUUUCAACUCAGUUCUCACUUUUAGAGUUGGAAUUACCUGACAAUAACCUUGUUGGAGAAAUUCCAUCAUGGCUAUUUGAUAUGAAUAUUCAAUACAUCAAUCUCACAGCAAAUCAUCUCGAAGGUCGCCUUUUGCUAAAUUCAUCAGCUAGGAAUUCAUUGGUAGUCUUGGAUGUGUCGAGAAAUGCUUUGUCUGGUCAGAUACCAUCAAUUUGGCCUCCUAAUAUAGAAGCAUUGUUGCUCAAUGAAAAUUUUCUGACAGGAAAUAUUCCUCAACAAUUGCAGGGUUUUUGUUUACUAGAAAUUGUAAAUCUGGCAAAUAACCAUUUGAAUGGAAUCAUCCCUCCAAGCUUAGCCAAUUGUUCCAAGCUUCAAAAUCUGAAUUUAGGGGAUAAUCAUUUAAGGGGAAUGAUUCCGUACGAGUUUAGUAAGCUGAGUGAGCUGCAGUCUCUACUGAUAAAGAAUAACCAGUUGAAUGGAUCAUUAUCUCCCUCCAUAUCAAAUUGCACAGCAUUACAUUUGUUAGAUGUUGGGCAAAACUUCUUCAAAGGCCAGAUUCCAAAGUCAAUUGGAAACCUUACAGAGCUGAAAGUGUUAGCAAUGAGGAAAAAUCAUUUUGAAGGUAACAUCCCUGCAGAAAUAGGGCAGUUGAAGAACCUGCAAAUCUUGGACCUUUCUUCAAAUCAACUUUCAGGUGUGAUACCUUACAGCAUUUUUAGUUUACAAGCAAUGUUGGUAGAAAUACAUCAGGAAUUUUCUGAGGUUCAUCUUGGAAUACGGACACAGUCCCUUGGGAUACUCUACACAUAUAAGAUUGGAUUGACUAUGAAUUCCAAAGGCAGAGACGAGCACUACACAUAUAUUUUCCCCACCAUGAUGGCCAUAGACCUUUCAAACAAUCAUUUGAAUGGGGAUCUUCCAUCUGAUGUAGGAAAAUUGAAGGGAUUGAAGCUGCUAAACCUUUCCAUGAACAAUUUCAGUGGUGUUAUUCCGAAUAGCAUUGUACAAUUGAUUUGGUUGGAAUCAUUAGACCUCUCUGCAAAUAAUUUUUCUGGACAAAUUCCUCCAGAUCUUGGUUCUUUGAGCUAUUUGGGAGCCCUUGAUUUUUCCAACAAUCACCUUUCAGGUUGUAUACCACAAGGAGGACACAUGACAACAUUUAAUAAAUCAUCAUAUUCAGGCAAUCCAGAUUUAUGGUGUUGUCCACUUCCAAAGAAAUGUUCCUGGCCAGAAUUUGCUCCUAGUCCCCCUCCCAUUUCUACAUCUAUUAAUGAAGAAGAGCAAAGUGAGGAAAGUGUGGGGUAUGACAUCGGAGUGGGACUGUCAUAUGUAGCAGGUUUUACAACAGUGUUGGUAUUUAUUGUGUUGAAAAAGAAAUACUUCGAGGGAGUUGAUUCAGUUUUAAAAAUCUUUUUCCCAUGGCUCCACAAUUUGACAUUGUAA